CCCUUGACUCUUGUUAUUUCCACUUGUUCCUCCCACCACCAUACUAACGUCUCUCUCACCAACACUAAACCGCCAUCAUCACUUCUCUCACUCCGUGCUUUAGCUCGCUUCCUUCAUGGAGAUUGCCAGCUCUUGCACAUCUGUGGACAGUGUCGACAAUGAGAGUCAGUAUGGAGAUGCUGCAACAACCGGGUAUCAACAAUGCAAAGGGACGGUUACGCACGAGUUGCGCAACGUAAAUCUGGCUGGAAAAGGAAAGGUGACCAUGAAAGACUUUGAAUUGUUGAAAGUUCUUGGUACCGGAGCUUAUGGUAAAGUGUUUCUUGUUCGUAAAGUGAAUGGCUUUGACUGUGGUAAACUUUAUGCUAUGAAGGUUCUCAAAAAAGCCAGUAUAGUUCAAAAGAACAAGACAACAGAACACACUAAAACAGAGCGUCAAGUCCUUGAAGCUAUACGCCAGUCUCCAUUUUUAGUUACUCUUCAUUAUGCUUUCCAAACUGAUGCAAAACUUCACUUAAUUCUUGAUUAUGUGAAUGGGGGUGAAAUGUUCACACAUUUGUUCAAUCGAGAACAUUUUUCUGAAUCUGAAGUCCAAAUCUACAUUGGAGAAAUUGUUUUAGCAUUGGAGACUUUACACAAGCUUGGUAUCAUUUACCGAGACAUCAAGCUGGAGAACAUUCUUUUGGAUUCCUCAGGUCACAUUGUACUCACUGAUUUUGGUUUGAGUAAAGAAUUCCUUCCUGGUGACACGACUCAUCGUGCCUAUUCAUACUGUGGCACCAUGGAAUAUAUGGCACCUGAAGUUGUAAGAGGAAGUUCAGCUGGACAUGAUUUUUCUGUUGACUGGUGGGCACUUGGAGUCCUUACAUAUGAACUUUUAACUGGGGCAUCACCUUUUACUGUUGAUGGAGAACGGAACUCAUCAAAAGAAAUCUCAAAGCGAAUUCUUGAAAAGCAUCCACCGAUUCCUCAACAUUUUUCUCCUGCAACAAAAUCUUACAUUAUUUCUUUACUACACAAAGAUCCUACUAAACGACUUGGUUACAAUGGAGCUGAAGAAAUAAGACAGCAUCCAUUUUUUAAUAAUUUGGAUUGGGAUAAACUUGCCAAAAAAGAAAUAAUAGCACCAAUGUUGCCACAGAUAAAACACGAACUUGAUGUUAGUAAUUUCUCUGAAGAAUUCACCAAAAUGGAAGCUGCUGACUCACCAGCUGUAGUUCCAUUAAAUGGCGAGAAAAUGUUCAAAGGCUACUCCUAUGUUGCACCUUCUGUUAUAUUCACUGACAACACAGUUAGUGAUGAUCUCCUCCAACAUAACAGUAUCAAUCAACCUCGAGCUAAGAGUAUCAGUGCUGCCAGCCAGUUCAAGAACUCUCCAUUUUUCCAACACUACGAUUUAGACCUACAGAAUGGUAUUUUGGGUGAAGGCAGUUAUUCAGUGUGUGGACGGUGUGAACAUAAAGUUACAAAAACUAAAUAUGCUGUGAAAAUCAUUUCCCGGCGAGUGGACCAUACAUCAGAAGUGAAGAUGCUUCAGCUGUGUCAGAACCAUCCUAACAUAGUGAAACUCAUUGAUGUCUUUCAUGAUGAACUCCACACCUAUAUUGUUAUGGAAUUAUUGAGUGGAGGUGAACUUUUAAAUCGAAUUCAGAAAAAAAAGAGCUUUACAGAAACAGAAGCAAGUCGUAUCAUGCGGAUGCUGGUUGAAGCUGUCGACUAUAUGCAUCAGAAAGGAGUGGUGCAUCGAGAUUUGAAACCUGAGAAUAUUUUGUUUGAAGAUGAAUCCGAAGGAGCACAAGCGAAAGUGGUGGAUUUUGGAUUUGCUCGGUUAAAAACUGAAAAUCAACCCUUGCAAACUCCAUGUUUCACUCUAAAUUUUGCUGCGCCUGAAGUUCUUUCCCAAGCCACGGCAAACAACAAAUCUAGGGGUUAUGAUGAAGCAUGUGAUUUAUGGAGUCUUGGUGUUAUUUUGUACACCAUGUUAUCAGGGAAAGCUCCAUUCCAAACAAGAAAUAAGUCAGAAACACCUGAAGGGAUCAUUAAAAGAAUCAAGGAAGGAGAAUUUGACUUUUCUGGACAAGAAUGGCAUGCUGUUUCUGCCAAUGCCAAAAAACUAAUCCGAGGCCUUCUGACUGUAGACCCCCGAGAAAGAUCAACAAUGCAUAAUCUCCUACAGAACAAAUGGAUUCAAGGAAACAAUGACCGAGUUUUCUCACAAACCCCACUGCAUACACCAGGAAUUCUUAGUUCCACAAGCAAUGCUUUGCAGCAGCAGUUAGUGCAAACCAUGGAUGCAUUCCAUCGUGCUGCUCGAGAAGGUUUCCGAUUACAAGAUGUUGCUAAUGCACCUCUUGCUCAACGGCGACAAAUGAAGCGUAACUCAAUGGAUGCCCGAAGUAGUUCAAAUGACAGCACUGCAUCUUCUCCAUCUUCAUCUUCAGUAUCGGCAGGAUCAACAACCAUGGCAGCAGUAGCCAUAUCCCCUACCAUUAAUCAACAUCCUAUAGACAUUAACUUUCCUCAUACCGACUCAUCUUCUCGAAACACAUCAAAUACUUCCACGAUAUCUAAUAUAUCACAAAGCAGUACCGGUUUCAUACCAACUAAAUCUAUUAGACUACAACAGCAGCAGCCAGCUAUUGUUGAAGAUGAACAAACCUCUUCUCAGUGUUUAAUGCAACAAAAGUUACUAGAUCAACAUUCCUCACCAUAUCAAUGUUCAGACCAGUUUGGUUUCCCCUUUUACAAUAGUGGCUCAUUAAAUACACCUGAAAGUAAUGAUGCUACUGCUGGUAGGAGCAUGUUGCACACAAGUGAAACUCCAAAAUGUAUCAACACUACAUGCACAGUUUUUACCUAUACAGAUGCUAAUGAAAUACCGCAGAAACGCCAUUUGUCUGAGAGAAAAAGCUCAGAUAGUGAUUGUAUUGUCGGAAGUAGUUCAAUUCCUGUCGACCCACCACCAAAAAAACGGCCUAGAACAGAAACUAUUGUCAUCGAGUAAUAUAUUUAAAUUUAUUGUAGAAAACUUUAUGGUAAUUCAUAAAUCUUCGUUUUCUUAUUAGGGGAUUGGCUCAAAAGAGAAAGAAAAAAAAAUGAAUGUCUGAGUGCGUAUGUGUAUAUAUGUAAGUUUUUCUAUUGUAUCAUUGAAAUUCUAUUGUAUAUUUCAUAAAAAAAAAUUAUGUAAGAACAAAAAAUUUUAAACAGAUAUUUAUUCUAUUUUGAAUAGUUUAAUAACAUUUUUAAUAAAAAUAUACCAAAUAUCAA